AUGACCUCAUCUGUCAAUAACCUGGCAGAGGCCAGCAGCGCGUACGCGGGUUUUAGAAUCAACACCGAUUUAAAUCAGCACUCGGAUGACGACGAUGAGUUUCUUUCAAGUGCGAGUACGACUUCUGAGGGGGUUCAAGAGCAUCUCCUGGAGUACAAGCAACCUGCAUUAGAAUCUAUGAAUUGCCAACAGGGGACCCUGUGCGACCCCACAGCAAUAUCAUCUUCGAACAGCUUGCGGGCUCAGGAAGUUGAGAGGUCCGGGGUGGAACCGGUAGAAAAUAACUUCGUACGCGAUGGCAAAGCUCUGGAGGUUAGCCGACGGCCUUUGCAUUUGCUUGACCUACCCAUGGAUAUAUUGCAGGUAAUCAUUAAAGAAGUGACACAUACCAACGACCUCACCUCGCUAGCUCUAACAUGUUCCAGUCUGCAUGCUUUAGCGAUUCCUCAAAUGUAUUCUCGGUUUGAUAUCGUAUGGCCAGAACCAAUGUCACCGUCUGUCCAUCCCACGGGUGUCGAUGCUCUUUCUUACGGAUUAGCAACAUUAGUAAUGGGCGAAGAUGUUUUUCACGAGCUUCCUCCACCCCAUCGUCCCGUUGCGCCCUGCCAUCACUGCGGCUGUAGCGCCCAGCAUGUUCAACACGGCCCCCGACUUGAGGCAGAUGGCAUACGGAGGAUACGUCGAGGGAAUCACUAUGCGCAGUAUACACGCAAAUUUUCUGUGGGCAAUGGGCCGCCAGAGUGUGUCCAAGAGUACUCUGUGACGAAAGAGACGGGCAAAAUGCUGGGAACUCUGGUAGCGCUGGCAAUCGCUCGCAUGAUAAACCUAGAGUCUUUCAUUUGGGAUAUGCCGACUGGCGUUUUGCGGGACGUCUGGAUAGCGCUGUCAUCUCUAGCAGAUCGACCGGGACAUGACUGCCGUCUGGAACGUGUUUGGGUUCGUUGGCACGAUAACUCCAUGAUACGCAUAGUUCGGACACCAUCAGACAUGACACUACCGGGCAUGCCGUCUCCCUUCAUCUCUCCAUCUGCUAGAUCAACGCGUCUACAAAAUUACGCCCAUGUAGAGUAUCCUACUCUUUCGAUUUUACCCCCGCUGAAGAGCUUAAGCGUUCUCGAUAUAGAUGAGUCAUCAUAUAUCGAGGAAAUGGCUGUACUCAUUGAGCGCUCACGAGGGCGCUUAAAAGAACUACGCAUCGGGAUUUCCUCGAGAGUCUACCAAUACAAUUGGUUAAAAGCAUUAGGAGGCUGGUCUCCUGUACAACAAGACGCGUCCAACCCUGUGGUGUCCGGUUGGCCUAAAGUUGGCGGUGUACUCGGUGUCCUCCUGGGUAAUCCCCACACUCAAUUUCCCUUUGAACUAGCUGCCGAUCAGCCUUCCUCGAAAGAAGUGCAACCGGGUCAGCAUGGCAGUCACCAGGGGCUUAGCGGGACGGUUCCGCCAGCUGGGGAUAUUGCUAGUAACGGCACUUCUAAUGGACAUUCGACUACACAACUUCCGGAUACGGCACCUCUAGAGCACUCUCCCAAAACCACCGGCGCUUCUAGGAUAGAUAGUGUGACAUCUCCCCAAGUGACCGAGGAGCCAUAUCCCACCCAACCACCGAGACCUGGAGAUCUACCAGAACCAUCAAGCAAGCGUGUCGGCAUCAACAAGCCCUUUGCAUCCGCCUCAGCGACUAGCCCUAAGUCUGACAGAUUGAAGUUGGAGGUCUUGGAACUAGAGCGCGUCUCUUUGUCCAUCCCAGUCAUGAUGCACGCGAUCGAUUGGACCCGGAUCACGACCCUGACAAUCCUUCGCUGCGAUGGUCAUGAAAAGCUCUGGAGGGCGCUCCGUCGCCAGUUUUCUCCGUCCGCGGCACUGCGCGGUAGUCCAAAACCAGAAAAUAAAGACAUAAAUAGCUCAUCCUCGGAGUACUCUCUAAAGCUCAAGCAUAUUCACACAGAUGCUGUAUCCCCAUACCUGUUACUCUUUAUUAAGGAUGCCAUUGCGCCUAAUACACUGGAGACCUUAUUUUUACAUGAAGCCCCGAUGUACGACUCUAUCGUUCAUGUUGACGCUAUCUAUCGAAAUGUGAUCCGUAACCAUCGAACAAGCUUGAAACACAUCUUAGUUGAUAGCACAGAGCGGUCACCUGGUGGAAUCGAAAUUAGCACUAAUCGCUGGCGUAAGUGGAUGUUCACCCGGGAAAUGAUCUCGUUCAUUACUAGCGGCCGUAUGCCGCGGCUGCGCGAACUAUCGAUGACGAUGCAUUCCAAGGACUGGCACUACUUUCUCCAGAGGCUCCCUAAUAUGCCCCAGUUACGCGCCCUUCAUAUUCCUCACAUCACCAAUCCUAUUCACCGAGACCCGAAGGAACUCGCAUUACAGAUCCUUGAUAUUAUCACUAUUCGCACCGAAGUUGGAAUAAGCUACAUUGGAAUGAUCAAUAAGUGCUACGAAAUCCUUGAGGGCAAGCGUGGUGAGAAAGACGAUUUUGAUGAUGCGGACGACAGCCCCAGCGAAGGCUUUGUGCCAGGCAGUGAUGACUGGGCACCGUCUGACACAGAUGAUGAUGAUUCGGAUGACGGCGGCGCCGGGAGCGCCAUAGAGUCAAACUCAGAACUCUCGUCAGACGACCACAGUUCGUCUGAUGGAUACGACUCCGAUCUCGAGAGCAGCAAAUCGCGCGUGGCUUUUCGGCUACGGGAAAUUCUAUUUUAUGAUGAUAAGAUCUCCAUCUUCAAGGCACGACAUGGAGUUCUAUGA